ACACACACUCCCCCAAGUCCGCAAUGCUCUCUCCCUCGCUCUUUUCCCUCCCUCUCUUUCCCUGCCUGUACUCCCAUACCGGUACGCUUCCUGUAUUCCUCCCAAAGCCUCUCUCUUGCUUAUCCUCCUCCCCCCCCUCUCAGUGCUCUCACCACUUUCCCAAACUCAAACCUCCAGUCCGCCACAGCCUUCUCCUCUUAUUUCUUCUACCCCCUCCCGCACCCCUCUUCAUUCACAUUCAAAAGCACACACGAGCCAUCCAGGCAAAGUUUCCAUUAUCGAUACGGUCCGGUGUUGUUUGUUAUAAUCUAAUCAUCGCCACCCUCCUUCGUCCAUCUUUCCUACCACUUCAUCUCUCCUUGCCUUGCGUUGUGCCGCCCUUAAACCCACAAAUUCCGACACCGGCAAAAGAAAACAAGUCUCCACUACCAGGCAUUCACAUUUCAACUCACUCCCUCGGGCAGCUUUUCCUGGCGAUAGCAUCAACUCCCCCAUAAUAACAUAUCAAAUACCACUGCUACUACGCGAUGUCUUUCGGUUAUCCCUACCUACCACAUCCCGCACAAACUUCCUCGGGCAACCGCUCUCGUAGGAACCCUCACCGUCCUUCUUCCACUCCAUCCUUUCUCAUGAUGAGGCCGAAGGAGGAGCUGACAGACACACCAGCAGUCCCUACUUUCAUUGAAAAGUUUGAGGCGGGAAGGUCUUUUGAGAUGGAGGAUGAUUUCGCUUUCAUCCCGGAACUGUGUACGGAGGAAGAAGUAUGAGCCGCCUUCCGUACCAAUGAUCUGUUUACCCGAAUGAUGCUUCGACAGCGUGCUUACAUUUCACCUGUCCGCAGCGCCAGAUGAUGGACUACUCGUCUUCAGAUCGUUCUUCGACCUCAAGCGGUUCUCCCCAGUCAUCGCCAUUACAGCAUCAGGUUCAACCCUCGACAGCGUAUCCUCACGCUGCUACCUAUGCAAACAUGUUCCACAACAUGCAUGUCAAAUAUCAACAGCCCCCUGCUAUGCCCCCAAAACAACGUUUUGCUAUCCCCAUCGUCAACCCUAAUACUGGAUUGCGCGUUGCUUCCCCUCCACUAGCGUCACCGAACAGGAAUCCUUAUCCCAGCUCUGGCCUCGCCAGGAGGUGGUGAGAUCACUCGCGUCCUUGACAAACCAACCUUCUCGAUCAGAGUGUCCUAGAAGCGACGUUGAUAUCACCCAUCCUACUGAAAGCAACCUUCAAAAAAAACUUUUUCACCCGUCUUUUUCACUUCCUAGCGAUUACAUUCUCGCUAUGUCUAUAGAAUGUUGGUGGUUUAUCUGUACGUUUUCGGGGUGUGUGUCAAAUUAACCAUGGGAUGGUGUUAUUGUGUUCGCUUCAACGUGUGCUUUUAUUGGUACGGUCGGUUUUGUCUUUUUGUUUUCGCAUCAGGGAUUGUUUAAAAAGAGUGGGGAAAAACGAAAAAUAUUGGACGGCCUUAUAAAUAUCUCUAUACAUAGUUUUCGGCUUCUGUGUUUCUUUAUUUUCCUUAAUCCUCCUUUUCCUUUUGGGUCUUCACUUAGUCUUGGGAGUUCUUGUCAACGGACUUGGGGCGGUGGGUUAUUGGGUUGUUUUAACGAUCUCGGGGCUCUUUCGGGGGUUGCUGUCUUGGGUUUUUCAAUGGUGCAAAGCUGUUUUCACUUGCUGCGAUAAUAGCGGCGUGUAUCUCUGAUCUUGGGGCGGAGUGUUUUUGCGUUUUGUACGGUUUUUACCUUUUUUUUAUAUUCUCGUGUGAAUUUUGGGGAACUCUUUUUUCAUCUUCCUUGUUUAAAAAGAUUUUUAAAUUUUUUUCAGGAUCUGUCAUCCGUUACUAACUUAACUAGUUUUCCUUUCCUCUUGUGUACUCUGCUUCUGUGUGUUUCUUCUUUAUUUACCUACCCAAGCUGUUCACCUUGAUACCUCGAUCUUGUAUUAACUCACGGAAAAUGGAGUAAUGCUUUUUUGGGUGGUCGAGCUAGUUUUCUUCCCUCCAGCAUUCGUUGUCUAUCGUUUUCCUUUUUUUUUUUAUCUUCACUCUCCUCCCUUCUAUGUUUCUGAUAUCCCCCCUCUCCUCACCAGUGGGUGCUUUAUUCUAAAAUCAUCUCGGCUUCAGGCGGGCAAAGCAAGGCCAAAAAAAAACUGUAUUGUAUUGUUUGAUUGCUCUCCCUUUUACUCUUCCUGGAUAAGAGUAGUAUCUACGAUGCUUGGAAGAACAGGAGCAACGAUACCAAGAGUUCGAGUGGAGAGAGUGAGUAUCACAAAGCAAGGUAAGGUAAGGUACCCGUACCUAAAUCUCCACGCCUUCCCAAAACACCAAGGAGAGAGAAAACAAAUACCAAACCUGUCAUCUCAUCAUUUCGUGCAGUACGCGAAGGCAUCACAAAAGAGAGAAAACGGAGGCACCAGACAGUAUGAUACAGGACCGGUAGGCUACAUCCCCCACGACUGACCGAACCUACCAGGCAAAUCAAAGCGAGGCAAAGCAAAAAAAGAAAAAGAAGGAAAGAAAGAACAAGAAAAAGAAAAAAGCUUUUCCACGCGCUACAAGUCAAGCUCCAUCAUCAGUAACGUACCGGUAUUUAAUACUGCUAGUACGUAUAAUCUUCCCUCCCCUCACAUACGGCAGAGUACCAUACCGGUACCGCCCAGGUACCCAAGCCUCCCUUCCUCCUCCUCCUAUGGCAGCCCUCCUGCAGCUCACAAUUCACACCUUCCUAUCAUACUACACCAUGAUAAGUCAUCAUCUUGUAGAUCACCCGUCCCUUCGUUCUCCUUCCCCCCCGUUCGCUAAGAACGGCGAACGGUGAGGUGAGGUGAGGUGAAGGAUGGAUCAUGGAUGGAAAAGCCUGAAACUUUACCGUGUACAGUAAGGGUGAAAAAUAACGACCGUGCACUCCUUCGUUAUUUUUUUUACUUUUUCUUCCUCCCUUUGAAGGUGGGGGUCUGUUCUUGUUGGGGAAAGCGUAGCCAGGCCUGGAACCUGGAGGAAGAGGAGGAGGCAGGGAAGGACUGGUAAAGAGGGUACCUACCGCAGCACGAGUACCGUGCCGGUAGUGCGGAGAAGGGUUUUUCCUUCUCCAACAAACCCGUGAAUAAAUACCUGGUUAUGAUACAGUUAUAUAAUAAUAUACUGCCGCGCUGUAAAAGAUACCGUACCGUACAAGUAUCAACUCUGUGCAUCUAUCCCCGCAAAUAACGGUAUAUCGCCCAGGUUUGGUUUGGCUCGGUUCGGUCUGGUCUGGGUUAGUUGGACAAGUUGAGGAAAUUUCCGAAAAACCAGUUAAUGAGAUCAAACACCGCCAAAUGACUUUGGCAACCCUAACCUAACGGAGAAAUAGCCAGGUAGCGAAUACGGUAGAACAGAAAGAAAAGAAAAAGAGUUAAUACAAGUACGGUAACGUUUAUCUAUUGUACAAUAUCAGAAAAAAAAAGGAUUAUCGAGAUUGCCUUCUUUCCUUUUCCUUUCCCUUUCUUUCCUUUUCCUACUUUUGACUCCCUUCAGCU